GUCACUUAUGCGCUACAGACUUGACAGAUGAAAAACACCGCAGACGAAGGCACAUGAUCUUUAGUUUUAGCUCAAAUGAUCGAUAAAGAAUAUGUUUAAGAAUUUAAAGAAAAAAUUGGAACAAGGCGUCGCACAGUCGCCACUUCGAGGAGCUCUGAAUGCUGUGACAAAGCAAACAGAAGAAGCCAGUCCAGGAGAGCCAAUAGCAGAGAGUACACCCAAGAAGGAGAACAAUGUGGUUCCCCAGGGUCUGAACUCUACAGACAGUGGGGCCACCGUAGGGGAGGGGCCAGCGGUCGGUCAGUUGGUGGACAUACCCCUCCAGGAAGACAGUCCAAACACAACUAAUGACUACUCCUCAGCACUAUCCCAGUUACCAGGAGAUGACACACCUCGCGCAGGCCGAUCUCGGACGUCGUCCAUCAGUUCCGUCACCAGCGACUCUUUCUUCACGAAUGCGAAUCUCGGCCCGUUUCAUCACUACGCAGCACCGUCCGACAUCGAGAGCGAGGUAGAGGAGCAGGUCUCAAACCUCGAUGGCUACAGUAAAGAUGACCUGUACCAGCUGGUCAGGAAAUACGAAAGACGCUCAAUCAGAUACAAGUCAAAGUUUAUGGAGGUUGCAAACAUUUAUAAAGAGGUUGUGGCUGAAAGAGACAAACUUAAGAACACUCUAACCCAGACACAAGACCGAGCUUUCCGGAGAAUCUCAGAGCUCAAGGAGCAGAUUCAGCUCGACCAGCUCGCUAAGAAGGACCUGGAGGAAAACUACAGGCUGAUGCUGGAGGAGAAGGAUGAACACAUGAAGGUGUUCAGGACUCAGAUAAGGCUGCUACGAGAGGGAAAGGAGAUUCCACCAGAACUGGAGGAACAAUUACAGAGUAAUAAAAAGUCCCCCCAGAAAACCCCUGUAACGGGGGGCCCAGGAGGGGAUGGGGCAAAGGAGGAUAGUAAUGUUCAACAACUUACAGAAAAGGUCAAGAGAUUAGAGGGUUUACUGAGUCGCUGUAAAGAAACCAUCAGAAGUAAUAAAGAGAAGACCGGACAGUUAGAGGAGGAGAAUGCCAAACUGACCAAUGAAAUCAAAGAACUGACAAAACUAAAGGGUACCGCUAGUCCAGAUCAGUUAUCUAAACUACAAAAUCAGAUCAAGCAGGCAAGACAGGUGAUAGAACAGCUGGAAUCUGACAGAGAACUAGCCAUUGCAGAGGUCAAACGGCAGGUGCAUGAAGAAAUUCAGGCCAAGGACGAGGAGGUCAUCAAGGCCAGAGAACAGAUCAAGGUCAAAGAGGAAGAGCUAGUGCAUGCACAACAGCAAGGGGAACAACUCAAGGCAGAGAAUCAGGCACUGCAGGAAAAGAAUGAAAAAUUAGAAAAAGCAGCCAGAGAGAAACUGGAGAAAUCGAGGGAGAUUGUAAGGAAACUAAAGGAAGAGAAACAGAAACUACAGCUAGAAUUAGAGGAGCGGAUCCAGAAAAUGGACACAGAGUACAAGGAGCGGAUCCAAAGCGUGGAGAAAGCAAUGGAGGAUGAGAAGGAGGGGUUGGUACAGGAGCUUUCCAAAGCCAAAGCAGCAGCCAUCAGCUGCAUGCAGGAGGAAACAGAGAAGACCAUUGCAAAUCGAGUCCAGGCCUCAAUGGAGGAGAGAGAUCAAUACUGGCAUCAGAUACUGCAGGAAAAAGAAAAGGAACAUGUAGAUAUUCUAGAUAUUAAGGAGAAGGAACACGCCCAGUUGCUCAGGCAGAUGGAGGAGGAUAAAAAUCGUAAAAUGGCGGAAAAGGAACAGGAAAUGAGGCUAGCUGUUGAGGAAAGGGACCUACAAAAAAUGGCUACCUUAUCACAGCAGGACUCACUCAGGGACCAUCUCCAAAGUCAAGUGGACACACUUUCUUCUGAAAAAUCCAAACUGGAAAAAGAAUUGGCAGACCUUCAGAGUGUAGUCACAAAGCUCACUGAAGAGACAGAAAGCAAGAUCCAGAAAAUUCAGGAAGAGGCAGCUGAACAAAAGCAGGAAAUGGAAUCCAGGCUCCGAACUCAGAUGGAGGAAUCACUGAGCAGGAAGGAUCAGGAAUGGGAAGAGAGACUGCAGUCUGCAGCGGACAUGCACACCGUCCAGAUCGCAGAGCUAACGCGAAAGCAGGAGGACGCCAUGCAGGGUUCAACUUCAGAGCUGGAGGGGUAUUACAAAGAGCAGAUGAAGACGAUGAAGUCCAACUAUGAACAGCUUCUUCAAGAGAGGGCCCAGCAGGUGGAAGGGAUGAAUCUGACACUGCAACAAAUCAAGGUGGAGAAGGAAAAUGUAGAGAAAGAGUUAUCGGAAGUGAAAGAGGAAUUAAGUCAAAAGAGGAAAGAAAUAGAAAACCUGAUGACUAAUAGUGGUAAUGUUCAGUCUGAAAAAGAGGCCAGGAUUGCAGAACUUGGAGUGGAGGUAGAAACGCUGACAAAGAAUAUGGAACAGUUAGGGAGAGAAAAGAAGGAAAUGGAAGAGGACAUUAUCAAAAUGAUAGAACAGAAGGAGAAGUCAGAGCAGACGUACAGGGACAGAAUAUCAGAGUUAACUCAGGAAAACAGUGACACAAUGGCAGCCAUAUCAGCGUCGUCUGAUGAAAGCAUCAAAGCACUGACCAAUCAGAUAGAGGAGAAGAACAGAGAUAUAACAGAGCUGAUGGAGAAGUUACAGAAAGCUGAGAACAAGGUGGCAGAACUGGACAAACAGUGUGAAAAAGUGGAAAACAAACUUUCUCAGUCACAUAAAGAAAAGUCCUUCCUAGAGGAGAAGAUAGCCAGUUUUGAAUUGUCUAUGUCAGAAUCGCUGAAAUUAAAUGAUGAUUUAAAUCAGAAAGUUAAAGAAACUCAGGAGAUGUUUAGUUCUAAUCAACAGCAGCUGCAGCAAGAAAAGGCCAGUCUGGACCAGAAGAUCACGUCCUUACAGGAAGCUGUCAGUGAAGGGGAGCAGAGGGUGACAGAAAUGGAGCAGGCCAUUGUAAAGAAGGAGGAGGAAAUUCAGACAUUGAAAAAAGUUUUGGAGGAAAAUGCUGUCUACAUCAAAGAACUGGAAGAAAAAGUGAAAGAGAGAGAAACAGAGAAAAAUGAAUUGUCUGAGAUUUUGGGAAGCAAGGAGGAGGAGAUUAGCAAGGAGAAAGAAAAGUUUGAUAGGCUGAGGGCAGAGGCUAAAGGAAGGUUGAAGGAAUUGAAGGAGAAUUUGGAUGAGAGUGGACAGAAGUAUCAGGAUCUGGAGCUAGAGAGGAAGACACUGAUAGACAAUCAUAAUGAGGAGAUGAAGGAGGCUCAACAGAAACUCCAGGACGAAAAGUCCAGCUAUCAAAGCCUGGAGGAAAGCUUCAAAGCUCAGUUUGAAGAACUGAAGUCCAAGCACAAGGAACAAGUGAACCAAUUAAGGGAAGAAUUUCAAGAGAAGUUGAAAGAGAGAGAGGUAGAAUUUGAAGGGAAGUUGACAGAACUUACCCAGCAGAAGGAUCUGAAUGCUGAGGAUUUGAUGAAGGACUUUGAAACCAGAAAGAUGCAGGAGAUAGGGCAGAUUGAAGAGAAUCACAAACGAGAGGUGGCCAGCCUUGUAGAAGACUGGGAGGGGAAACUUCUGAAGGCAAAGGAGGAAUUUGAUAAAGAAAGGCAAAACUUGAUCAGUCAACACCAGGAGGAAUGCGCAAGGAUCACAGAGGAACAUCAGAAGCAUUUGGCUGAAGUACAGGCUAACAUGGAACAAAGGAUUGCUGAAAAGGAAUCAAGGAUUGAACAAUUGAACUCGGAAUUGACGUCUGCUCUAGAAAGUAAGGAGUCCUCUUUGAGAGAGUUGACAGAAAAUCAAGCUCAGUUUGAGAGUUCCACCAACAAGACCAUUGAAAAUCUGAAGCAGAAAUUGCAAGAGGCAGAGGAGAAAUUGGUUCAGAUGAAUGAAAAUGUCAACAGUUUAGAGACAGAGAGGAAUAGUCUCAUUGAAAGCAAAGCAAUGUCUUCUUCACAAUAUGAAGAAGAGAUAAAUUCACUAAGAGAUUCAGAAAAAAAUAAAAAGGAGAAACUCACAGCUCUUGAGGAGCAGGUUAAGGAUCUUAGUCAACAAUUGUACACAGUGUCCGAAAAGCACGAAAAAGAAACAUCAGAAAAAGAGCAGGUGAUCAAAAAUCUAGAUGAAGAAAUAAAGCAGUUGACCAACACAAAUAAGUCAAUGGAAGAAAUGUUAAAAGAAAUGAGUGAAGCUUCCCAAGCCAGAGGUGAUGACUUGCAAGAAAAGGAAGAUAAAGUGAAAGAACUGGAAUCUUUACUUGCAAAGAAAGAAGAAGAAUGGUCACAGAAACUGCAAGAGAUUCAAAACCAGUGUAGCCAAAAAGUUGAGGAAAUUCAGGUAGAGAAAUCAAAAUGUGAGCAAGAAUAUGAAAAGAGGAUAUCAGAAAUGUCUGAGAAUGACAGUGAACUGCAGGCAAACCUUACACAACUGAAUAGCAAGGUCAGUCAGACAGAGGAAAAACUUCAUGACUGCAUUCAGCAAUAUGAGUCUCAGAUAGAGGAAUACAAGAACAAGUUGGAGCAGCAGACGGAAAGUGGCAAGCAGGAGAUUCAGAAAGUGGAGGAGCAGUGGAAGAACAAGUUACAGGAGUUGAAGCAGAAGUACAUGACCAAACUUAAGGAGAUUCAGAAAGAAAGUAAGGACAAGGUCAGUUCAAUGUCACAGGAAUCCGGUGAGGUCCAGAGGAGACUGGCAGAGCUGGAGAGUCAGCUGAAUCAGGAGAGGACCGACAAGGAGGCGAUGUCGGAGGAACUGACCCACGCCAACACCAAACUUCUGCAGCUGGAGGAGACAUCGGGAGAGUCCAAGAUGGCCAUCAUCGAUCUGGAGAAGAAGAUUCAGGAGAUGGAGAAAGUGGAUAGGGAAAAAGACCAAAGGAUCUCAGAAUUACAGGGCAGGAUCAAAGAAUUGGAGUCUGUGAUUACGGAAAAAGACCAAAGGAACUCGGAAUCACAGGAGCGGAUCAAAGAACUGGAGGCGGUGGUUGCGGAAAGGGAGAGUGAGGUUAAAGAGUUAAGGCUUAGUAUUGAUGAGAAAGAUAAAGAACUGAGUGAGAGAGAGGUGAGAAUUGAACAGUUAAGUGGUAGAAUGAAUGAACUGGAAAAUGUAGUCAAGGAAGAAGGAGUGGUGAGCGGGGAAUUAAGGAAAGAAUUAUCAGAAGUUGUGAAUCAGGUGACUCAGUUAAAGGCUCAGUGUGAACAACUUCAGAGUGAAAAAUUGUCAUUAGUGAGUGACUUAAAGUGUCAGGAUAGUGCAGUGAAUGAAUUACAGACAAAAUUAUCUGAACUUGAAGCAGAGAAAAGCACAAUGUGUGCAGAAUAUGAGACAAGGAUAUGUGCUGUACAGAACUAUAAAGAUCAAUUGAUUGAAUCGGAGAAGGUUGUGCUCCAGAAUCAAUAUGAACAAAAACUUAGUAAUUUGAAGAGUGAGAUGGAAAAAUUAGUGACAGAAAAUAGUGAGUUAAAUAAUUCAAUAGUGCAAUUGUCUGACACGGACUCUAAACGUGGGGAUGAAAUUUCUAGUGUUAGUGAAAAAUUAGUGAAUGUGAUGAGUGAAAAAGAAGCAAUGAGUGAACAAUAUAAGCAAGAAAUUCUAGAACUUCAAAACAAGCAUUCCACAGAGAUGGCCGAAAUGUCUUCCAAGCUUGAAUCAGAGAAUACAGCCAAAAUCGCGGAAUACAAGAAAAAGGCAGAAGUGUACAUUGCGAAUAUUAAAAAGCAAUGUCAGGAAGAGAAAGAGGCAUUGAAAGUGGUGCAGGAAGAAAGGAUUAAUAAUCUGAUGGUGGAAAAAGAGAAAGUGGAAGAGCAGUUGAGAGAAGAGCAAGGAAAGUGUGUGGAUGUGGAAAGACGGAUAGCAGAGCUUGAAUCCAGAAUAGAAAGUUUGGCAACAGAGAAGGAGAGUAUCCACGAACAGUUCGAGAAAGAAAAGUCAUAUCUGACAACUUUACAUGAACAAGAAAUUAAAGUGCGGGAAUCUGUGAUCGCGGAACAUGUUCAGAAAAUGGAGGAGGUUCAAGGAAGCGAACAUUCUUUAAAAAGCAAGUUCGAUGAACGUGUGUCAAAGGAAGGGGAGAUGGAACGAUUAAUUGAAAGUCUGAAAAAGGAAAACUUGACACUGAGUGAAUCUAUAUCUCAGGUGAAUAGAGACCACACUGAGGAAAUUAAUUCAUUGAAGUCCGAAAAUGACAAGUUGAACCAAACAUUACGAAAGCUAGAGAAAGAUAAAGCUAGCUUGGAGGAGCUAAUGGCGUCUUCAGUGACAAGUCACGGUGAAGAGUUACAGAAGAUGAAGGUUCACUACGAGGAAAUGCUGGAGGAUCGGGAGAACGAACACACGUCUAAGAUAAAACAGCUCGUCAAGGAGUUCAACCUGAAGGUAGCCGAAAAGGAAAAGGAAUUCGAGACGAUGUUUUCAGAGGCACUCAACAAAUCUCAGUCGGGAGAAGACAGGCUAUUAUUAGAACACAAACAGGUGGUAGAGGAGCUGAACCGUGACCUCCAGGAGAGGGACGAUAGGAUUGACGAGGUGACCCUGGAGUACGAGACCAAAUUAAAGGAACAAAAGGAUGAACUUUCAUUAAAGAUCACACAACUACAGCAAGAGCUGACUGAGACCAAACAACGCCACCAGAUGGAGCUGUAUGAGAUGGAAGAAAAACUGAAACAAGCCCGACAGAGGGCACUGCAGCAACAGGAAGUGAUUCACAAAGAGGAAGUAAACACACUCACACAGGAAUGGAAUGCUGAGAAAAAGCAGGCCCCCUUGCUGCAUGCCAGUGGACCAAGUGUUAUAGAACCUCAGGAACUGCUGCAUCAUAACCAGCUGGCAAUAAAUGCUCUACAAAGUGGCUCAGGUAGUGCAACCGUCCUACAGCAACAAGUGAUGCAGCUGACGCAACAGAUACAGCAACUCAAAGAGCAACACAGAUUGGAGCUUGCAGAGGUUCAAGGAAAUUUGGAAAUGCAGCACAAUCAGACGCCGUUACGACCCAGCAAUAAACGGACUCCAAGGCAUGUGGUAUUUGAUCCAAAUGAUCCGAAUAUGCAAUCGGAAUUCGAAAACCUGGAACUUGACAAUAUGGACCUAAAGGCUCAGGUCGCCCAGUUGAAUGGUCAGUUAGCCCAGAUUAAAACAAGAGAAAAAGAAUUACAGAGACAGUUGGAAUCUCAGAGGGGAGCUCAUCUCCAUUUGGGCCACAGUUCUCCCCCGAUGAGCCCCGGUUAUAACACAGAUGGUACCCCUGCAGGGCCCCUGUUAAAUGAGGCCACUCAGUUAGAGUACUUGAAGAACAUUCUGUUCCAAUAUAUGACAGGAAAGGAAACCAAGACACUUUCCCGAGUCAUUGCCACCAUUGUCCAAUUCACAGAUGACCAGACCAAGAGAAUUAUUACAUACGAGGACUCGAAGAACACGGUAUGUAUCAUUGUCUUAAAGGACAAUAUUUUAGUGAUUUAUUUUGGUAACCAACUUGAUUACCCUUGCUUACAGUUGAUAAGAUACAGUAAGAAUGAAUAUCAGUAUAUGAUAGAUUUAUAAGUUUACAGUACUGAG